AUGAAGAAUUACGUGCAAUUGAAGUGGGAUGCCGGCCCAAAGAUCUCGUGGGCAUCGGACUGCCGGAGAAGAUGUGCCGGAGGAGCUGCCUGCCCAGGACACGCUGGAGGAGCUACCCGCCCAGGAUGCUCUAGAAGAGCUGCCUGCCCAGGACGCACUGGAGGAGCUGCCUGCCUAGGACACGCCGGAGGAGCUGCCUGUCCAGGACACGCCGGAGGAUUUGCCUGCCUAGGACACGCCGGAGGAGCUGCCUGUCCAGGACACGCCGGAGGAGCUGCCAGCCCAGGACACGCCGGAGGAGUUGCCUGUCCAAGACACGCCGGAGGAGCUGCCAAGGCAGGCUGCUCCUCCGGCGCUGGAGGAGCUGCCUGCCCAGGACGCGCUGGAGGAGCUGCCUGCCCAGGACACACCGGAAGAGCUGCCUGCCCAGGACACACCGGAGGAGCUGCCUGCCCAGGACGCGCCGGGGGAGCUGCUUGUUCAGGAUCUGCCGGUGGAGCUGCCUGCCCAGGACGUACCAUAGGAAGUGCUGUGCAAAGACUCCCUGGAGGAGCUGUCGACCAAGGACAUGCCGGAGAAGCUGCCGUCCGAGGACACGCCGGAGGAGCUGCAUGCCAAGGAGACGCCGGAGAAGCUGCUGGUAGAAGAGAGACCGUUACAGGAAAAGUCUCUCUGACAGAAGGCAGGACCGUGAUCUCCGGAAGAGAGUGGGUGCAGGCCCCGGGGCGCAUCAUCUCGUGA